AUCUGCUAUCAAUCUCUCCCAAUCUCCUCGUUAUUUAUCUACCCAAUUAUGAUUUGCACCGCACGCCACGCCAUCAAAGGAAGGAAGGAGUUUUUAGACGUAUAUAUACCCCUUAGCGCGCAUACUAACCUAAAUUACUGUUUUCUCCCUCUUCAAGUGUCUAUCUGAGUCAUCUUCACUUCUCUUGCUGUCGAGUCUGCAUUUGAGAGAAACUCAUCGCUACGACUAUCUCACUAUAGCACGUCAAGUUGAAUCGAAAUGGCACCAACGUCGUCUGCUAAACGGACAAUGCACAUUCCUCAUCUACUUUGGUGCUGGCCCUGGAAUCAUAGCAUGAAUCCGCAUUACGAUAUUGGCAGAGCGGAGUCGACUGCAUGGGUCCGUUCCUUCAAAGCCGAUGCGCCAGAUAGUAUCGAUACCAGUCUCUUGCUCGCAUUAGGGCUUCCUCGGGCGGAUAAAGACACUUUCCGAAUGGGCUGCGAUUUGUUGAUAUUAAUGUUAUAUUUCGACGAUAUAAUCGAGGUUGACCUGAUAGAUGAACACGAGGCGCGAUUGCUUGCGGAUAUUAUCGUAGACGGCCUACAAAACCCAGAUAAAGCGCGGCCCGUCGGUGAGUGGAUUGGCGGAGAGAUGGCCCGGCAGAUCGGGGAGAGGGUAAUCCGAUUAUUUAACCCCACUUCUCGUAUAAGGUUCAUCAAUGCAUUCGAGGCAUACUGUGAUGCAGCUGUGCAAGAGGCUGCCGAUCAGACUGUUGAACGCAUUCACAAUAUUCAGAGCUAUAUGGAGAUCCGACGGGGAACCAUUGCAACGCGGGUCUUAUUCUCGCUUCUCGAGGUUGGUAUGGAUCUUCCGGAGGAUGUUUGGAGUCGCAAAGAGAUCGAGACUCUCAGAUGUACGGCUAUCGAUCUCAUCAUCAUUGGGAAUGAUAUCUACUCUUACAACAAGGAACAGGCCCAUGGAGAAACGCACAAUCUCGUUGUCGUUGCAAUGAAUGAGCUCAAGAUGAAUCUGGAUGAGACGGUCUCGUGGAUGUCCGACCUGAACAACAAGCUCGUGCGGGAGUUUCUGACCACUUACAACGUGCUUCGUAGGUCAGAGUUGUAUACGCAAGUCGGCUGGUACGUCGAAGGCUUGGGAAACUGGGUGCGAGGUAUCGAUGCUUUCAGCUUCAAGAGCGAAAGGUACUUUGGGACGAGGGAGAGUGAGUUAGAGAAGGGGGGCAUUAUUGAAUUACUUCCGGAAGGAAGUACUAGAAUGACUUGUCCUUCUAUUCGUUAGAGUUUCUGGACUUAUAAGCACUGCGUCGGUAG